AUGAGCAAAAUUCUGAUUUUCUUGAUUAUUCCUGCUGUUCUUUCAAGAGGUUUGGGAUUCUCCGAUUUCUCAACCACAACUCAACCUUCUCAAGAUGCUUCAAUUCUUGGUUAUCAAUUUCUGACAGCAUUCCUGAACGCAGCAAGAGCAGAAGAUUAUUCAAUUUUCGCUCAAAAUUUCACUGAAAGCGGAAUAAUAACGAAAGAAUUGUUAUUGCGAGUUUUUAGAAGUGUUCCAAAAGAUGACAGUGUUGAGGAAGUUUUUCCAAGAAACGAAGUCAAAUGUCAGUUAGAAGAUAUUGAUGGACAACAAUAUGUGGUGAUCGAGAUAACCGAGGAUCGUAAAUUAUUUGUUUUUGUUGCUCAAAUUUUGGGCGAAAAUCAAUUCGUUUUGCAAGAAAUCUUUUGGGAUUUGACAAACAAUAUUACUUCAUCUGGAUUGUUGAAAAAACUAAUUUGA